CUUUUGAGUCCAAAAAGACUUCCAUUAUUGUUAUUAAAGACUUCAUUAACAAAGUUACCAAACUCUCUCUUUUGACCCUUUCUUCUUCCUUCCAAGUUCCUUCUCAUCAAAACCAAAUCAUCAAAAGUUGAAAUAAAAUAAAAUAAAGCCUUUCAUCUUUUUGUUUGCAUGAUUGCAUCUAAAAAGCCUUAACCUUUGAUCAUAAAAAGGGUUAAUUUUGUUGAUGGGUGCUUGCUGGAGCAAUAAGGUUAAAUCUGUGAGUCCUUCAACCACAGGUUUCACUUCUAGAAGUGUAAGCAGAAGUGGCCAUGACAUUAGCUCAACUAGCAGGAACUCAUCAGCCUCCAUAUCUGUCACUUCUCGAAGCGAGGGUGAAAUCUUGCAAUCUUCCAACUUGAAAAGCUUCAGCUACAAUGAGCUAAGAGCAGCCACGAGAAAUUUCCGGCCAGAUAGUGUUUUAGGGGAGGGUGGUUUUGGUUCAGUUUUUAAGGGAUGGAUCGAUGAACAUUCUCAUGCUGCAACCAAACCAGGAAUGGGCAUUAUUGUUGCCGUGAAGAAGCUUAACCAAGAAGGGUAUCAGGGUCACAGAGAAUGGUUGGCUGAAAUCAACUAUCUCGGGCAACUUCAGCAUCCUAAUCUUGUCAAAUUAAUAGGAUACUGCUUUGAGGAUGAGCAUCGGCUUCUGGUUUAUGAGUUUAUGCCCAAGGGAAGCAUGGAGAAUCAUCUCUUCAGACGAGGUUCUUAUUUUCAGCCAUUCUCUUGGAGUUUGCGAAUGAAAAUAGCUCUCGGGGCUGCAAAAGGUCUUGCAUUUCUCCAUAGUACGGAACCUAAAGUCAUAUACCGUGACUUCAAAACAUCGAAUAUACUGCUUGAUUCUAAAUAUGAUGCGAAGCUUUCUGAUUUUGGGUUGGCCAGAGAUGGUCCAACUGGUGAUAAAAGUCAUGUCUCUACUCGUGUCAUGGGAACUCGUGGAUAUGCAGCACCAGAGUAUCUAGCAACAGGCCAUCUUACUGCGAAGAGUGAUGUGUAUAGUUUUGGAGUAGUUCUUCUGGAAAUGAUAUCGGGAAGACGAGCCAUAGACAAGAAUCUUCCAUCUGGAGAGCACAACCUAGUUGAAUGGGCCAAGCCUUAUCUAUCCAACAAACGCAGAGUUUUUCGCGUGAUGGAUCCACGACUCGAAGGUCAAUAUUCACAUACCCGAGCUCAUGCUGCAGCUGCCCUUGCUUCUCAAUGUCUUUCUGUAGAGCCUAGGAUCAGGCCGAAUAUGGACGAGGUUGUAAAAACACUGGAGCAGCUUCAGGAACCGAAGGAAACACAGAAGAAAGGCGCUGAUCAUCGUGUUCGCUAUCCCGGGCUCGGCAACAACUCAUCUGGCAAAGGUAAUGCAGAUGCUUCUAGAAAGGCUUCUGCUUAUCCUAGGCCUUCUGCUUCUCUCCUUCAUGUUUGAGAGAAAGUUUUGUGACGCGGAAGAUGUAAACUUCGACGCAAAAAGUUCGGAGGUUUAGGUGUGGUAUUAUGAACCAUAUUUAUGUAAACAAUGUAUAGUUUUGUAUGUUUGUAUUUUGAGGCACCUUAGAAAAUUUACUUGUGGUCCUUAAGUUGUUAAUUGCUUUUGAAAUAAUUAUUAUCUUGUCUCUUUUAGCACAACACCAUCUUAAGAAUUCAAAAUAAUUCCAAAUGAA